AUGACCACGCUCGACGACCUGCUCGCCGUCAACCCGGCAGCCAAUGACGCUACUCUCGCGUGCCUUGGAACAACGCGGACAAACGAACAAUGCGGCGUAUCAACAAAAGCAACAAGCAAUCCCAUUAUCCGUGACAACAACCAAACACAACAAAGAGCAAAAGAAAAGGAGAAACAAAAGACAGCAGCAACAUGGAAAAAAAUACAAAGAAAUGCGCAACGUCGCCGCAAAAUCGUCGUUGGAGAUGACGAUCUUGAGUAUUUAGCCAGGCUGUCCCUGUGUACAAGGCACCGCAGAUCCAGUCAAAUAAAGAAUCUGGUGCGGCGGAUAAAAGACGACAUCACUACUCAUAACCAGAGCCUGGCUACUAGGAAACCAGCAGCGACGACGACGACGACGACGACGACGACGACGACAUCAGAGAUGGAUCCUUCAUCUUUUGAGGAGGCUGGUGGCUAUGCUGUGCGGCGGCAGGCUCAAGAGAGAGCUCAGCACACUUUAAAUGUUGCGGUUAACGUAUACCGUGCGGUAGAGACAGGUGUAGAUGAUUCAAAUCCAAGAUCUGUUACGCAGGGGGGACAGGAUCAGAUGAAUCAGUCUCCUGAAGACAACGAACCAAGUGAUCAAGAUCAAGAGCGGGAGCAAGACUCGAGGACGACACCCAUUCCACUCGUCGAGCACUCGCAUAUCGGAGAGGACAUUGGCCCGGAUCUACCACCAUGUUUCUCUCGCGACCGGCGGCAAGGACGCAAACCGAUAGCGCCCAACGACGAGUGCGCCAUCUGCCUCGAACGGAUGGGGUCCAAACAGGACCUGGCCUGGUGUCGCAAGCAGUGCGGCACCAAUUUCCAUGGGCCCUGCAUUGAGAACUGGAUCAGCAUCUACGAGCGGGGGAUAGCAAAGACUUGUCCGGCGUGUCGCGUGGUUUGGAGCGCGCGACGGGACUGGGGGGACUUGCGCUAG